AUGCCGAACUCAGAUCUUCAUGUCUCACUUCUCAAGCCAGAGGAGGCCGAACAGUACAUGCACAUCCGCCACGAGGUCUUCCGCCCCUCGGUAAACAAGGUCCUUUAUUCCCGCGGCGAACCCUCCCAAGAAACCCUCAAGAGAGUAACAGAAGAAAUUCGAGAUGGAGUCGUGAACAAGGGAAUUCUCUAUCUCAAGUGCGUCGACACCAAAACCGGCGAAAUCAUUGCUGGAGCACGCUGGCGGGAUGUGAAGCCAAAGGAUCCAAACGCGAGCGAACGGACGUGGGAAGAGGUGGAUGAGGAAUUCAAGCGGACGGAGCCGUACGAUGAAAGCGACCCGGACCUGUUCUAUGCGCUGCACGAUCUGUUCAGCAGCAAUAAGCGCAGCAUCCUGGAGACGAGGCCGCACUACGCUCUCGAUACACUAGUCACAUUGCCAAACCACGAGAGAAGGGGAGCGGGAAGUAUGCUCGUGCGUUGGGGUACUGAGAGAGCUGAUGAAGAGGGUGUUGAGGCGUAUCUCGAGGCGAGUCCGAUGGGGGCGCCAAUGUAUGCGAGACAUGGCUUCGAGCCGGUCAAGAAGGUGGAGUUGGAUCUGAGAAAAUAUGGCGGCAAGGAGGUUAUGGAGUUUAUUCUUAUGAAACGGCCUGCAAAGGUGGGAACUCCUUGA